AUGGCCGAACCGACCGUGGUUGGCCGGGAUGCCCCGGAGAAAGAUGUGGAGGAAGGACCUGGGCUGACAGUUGCAGCGGACCACAAGCUGCCAGAGAGUGGGUGGAGAUUGGCAGCACUCGGCAUUGUGCUGUGCCUCUUCCAUCUCAUUGCCACAUAUCCGCUCCCAGAGAGCUUAGUAUUCAAAGGUCCGGUGAAUCGCCCCUACCAUCGGAUGCGGCUCACAGUGUUCUUCGGCUUCGGCUUCCCCUUCCUCAUGCAGUGGCGUGAGCGCACCUCGCUGAAUUUGCAGCCGCUGAUCUUCAUGGUGGGUGUAUGGCUUCUGAUUCAGAGCGUCCUGCUUGCCUACACAGGUCUUUGGCUGCAAAUGGGUCUGGCGUUGGCACUGCUGGCAGCUGUCUUGGGCUUGGCGUGGCCUCUUAGGGACCUUGGCUGGAUCAAGGACUUCUGCAAAGGAGCUUACAGGCACCUUUGCGACCCAGCCACCAAGCUCCGAGUGAAGGUCUACACCUUCAUCUUCUCCCUCCUCCCCUUUGGGCUUAUCAUGCCAAUCUUUGGCCCGUGGGAGCGGGUGCAGCUUUGGGUGCGAUGGUUUCCCUACAAUGAAGACGCUGAGCUACUGUGGCGGGGAACCUUCGCCACCUUUGCCUUCGCGUUCUUCCUCACUGCUGCAAAUCCAAAGAUGAACAACUCGAUUGUGGCCUUCUUUGCUGCCCAUGGUGUUUUUCACAGUAUAUCCAUGUUUAUCGACAACCGGCUGCUGCCAAUGGAUGGCAACGACAAUGUGGAGCACCUUCUAGAGAUUUCUAUCUUCAUGCUAAUCGGCUUGUUCCACAUCUUCGUGGGAAGGAUCGUUUGGUAUUGA